CGACAGCAAAGUUUCCAAAAGUGCAGAGAAGGAUGUGGCGGUGGCGAUUCACUGGUAACAAGAGUAGAGGCUGUUAUCAAGCAAAUGAGGCAGGAGUGCGAACGAGUUUAGAAAGAAUCCUGUCACGAGAGACAGAGGCAGAGAAAAAGCUUCUGUUUACUGUAAUGUUCAGAUGGAUGUGAAAGAGGAGACAUGUGAGGCUGGCAUGAAUAUCUUGGAGACAAAGACUGUAAAUGGUGAGGAAAAGGACUGUGAAUGGGAGUCUGUCCACCCUAAACAUGAGAGUCCGGGCAUUAAGGAUGAAGACUGUGAACUGGUGUUGUUGGGCAUUAAAGAAGAGGCUGAAGAGAAUUUGCAGACCCUGUUCAUCUCCAGAGCCUCCUGUCAAUGUGAAGUCUGAAUCAUUACAAUCUGACACAAGAAGGACUGGAAAAAUUUCAUCUGUCAGAAUUCAGGAAGAUCAACCGUCACCUACAAAUAAGUCUGGAAAAAAUGUGUCAGGGAGAGUUGAAGGGCAGACCAUAUGGCAUCAUCAGUUGACCUGUUUAAGCAGAAACAAGCAUCACUGCUUUUCGGAAUGUGGCAAAGAAUUCUGUGCCAGCAGUACUCUUCAAAGACACAAAAGAAUUCACACAGGAGAAAAGCCGUAUGGGUGUGAUGAAUGUGGCAAACAGUUUUCACAAACGGCUCAUCUUCAGAGACACAAAAGAAUUCACACAGGGGAAAAGCCGUAUUGCUGUUCGGAAUGUGGAAGGCAGUUCUCUCGCAGGAGUAUUUUACAGAUACACAUUAGAACUCACACGGGAGAGAAGCCAUAUUGCUGUUCUGAAUGUGGAAGACAAUUUGCUGAUUUUAGCAGUCUUAAGAAACAUUUUACAGUUCACACAGGAGAGAAGCCAUAUCGCUGUACAGAAUGUGGCAAGCAAUUCUGUCGUAGGAGUAUUCUUCAGAUGCACAUUAGAACUCACACAGGAGAGAAGCCAUAUUGUUGUUUUGAAUGUGGCAGACAAUUUGCUCAUAUGAACAGCUUUAAGAGACACUCUACUGUUCAUAGAGGUCAAGGCAACAAAAGAAAAAAACUGUUCAAAGAGAUAGGUGCAUAGUCUGCCAAACAGAGGUCAAAACAGUUACUCAUCUGGUUGCCAGUUUCAAGGUGCUGAUGGUGGAAGGUUUAUACACAUAGAGAGAACCAACAAAGUUUCCAGAUUGCUGCACUGGAAAAUAUGUAAAAAAAUACAAUGUGCUAGUACUACUGACACAUUAAGACCACACUCCAGGCUGAAUAAUAGACAAUGGGAAGGUGUUAGUAAAUUGGUACAUACUAAUAACAAUUGACAGAAAAAGAAGCAAGGAAACAAGACAUCAUUAUUUUAAAAAAUGCUCUGAUAAAGCAUGGCUCGUUUAAAUUUCAAUCCGAAGUGAUCACCCCAUAGAAUAGAAAGGCAAAAAAAUAACCAAAGAAUGAGAAAUGGAAUCUGAGCUGAAUCAGAGGUAGAAUAAAAGAAGGGACUGUACCAUUGGCUCGGCAGUCCUUAUCAAAUCUAACAGAAUAACUCCAGUGCAAAAAUCACUUCUUGGCUGAAGUGUGAGGUUCACCUAGUAUUAAAUAUGCUGAGAAAUUGACCUUGCAAAAGAAGUACAACUGAACCUUCCUGACUAAGGAGUGAGUCUCCAUCCUGUCUGGAUACUACCUCACCCAGAAAAUGUGGGAGAAAUUAGCCCCACGAGAAGCCAUAUUGUUCUGAAUGUGAUACGCAACUCUCACAAAUCAACACUCUUCUUAGCCACAGAAAGUAAAAUCACUUUGGGUGCCACCUGUAGAAGCUUUGAGAAGUACAUUAGAGGGAAAAGAUGGAGGAAGAAAGAGGAAGAUCUCAAAAUUUACCUGCCUAACUACUCAAGUCUUUAUUAUUACCUUCACAUGGUGGGCUUAUUUGGAUUAGAUCUAUACCAGAUCUUAACCUUUGGUCUUGGAAUACCAUCUUCUAGAAUUAAAAUGUUUUGAAGUACCUCCAUUUUAUUUUGGUCUUAAUUGUUUAAUUACUAAACUGUUAAGGUAAAACUAAAGGUGGCAUUUGUUUAUCCACCCAUAAAUAUUGUAUUAGGGAGUUUUAACAAAAGUUUUACAAAUAGUUUUUGUGCAAGUUUAAUUUUUCUUAUCUACACUAUUUUGUUUUUAAAUGAAUUAUCUUUUACCUUUCCUGGGAAGAAAAUGUGGAACCUUUUAUAAACCGCUACCACCACACCAUCAUAGCAAUUAAUGUAUUCAUCCACUGAGUGUUUUUCAGUAGUGGGUUGUGGCUGUGCUCCUGUGGUGAAAAAAAGAUUAGUGUGUCUGUAUGAUGGAGAUCUCCUGGUUUGACAUGUAAUUGCUAAGCUCUUCUAAGUACAAUAAUACUGAUUUGUUAUUGAUACCAUUUAAAUUGUUAAAGCAAUUGCUUAAAAAUAAUAAGAAUAUGCACAAAAUAAGAGAAAUGUAUAGUCACAUUAACAGAACACUGUUUAUUAAUGGUUUUGGUCAUGUAUAACAAUUAGCAAAAUGUAAGAUGCCUCCAAAUUUGUUAAAAUAAAAGUAAACAUUUAUUAUAUGAAACCUAUCUUCUUAUGGCUCUGGCUAGGUCCUGUGAGAAGAUAUUGCUUUUUAUAGAUAUAAAGAAUAAAAGAAGAC